UGUAACAAACWAACAACUCGUAGUCAAGACGUGCUUAUGGUGUCUUACACUGUUUUACCUGUUAAUUGAGUUAAUUCUAUCCAUUUUAAUUCUUACUGAAAUUUUUUUGACGCGACUUUACUCAAUACUCAAUAGUGAGUGCUGACUGCUGAAUAGUGACGUACGUUAUCAUUGCGCUUUUAAAAAGUGUGAGGUCUAUAAAAACAUGGAUACACUAACUAACAUGAAAAAUUCUGAUCAAAUUAAAGUUCUGAAAUACAWUGGAAUUGAACCAAAACAUGUUAGCAAUAGUUGUCACUCUGUUUGUGUACUUGAUGGCUUACAAUCUUUACGCAGUGAUGGAGUUUUAUGUGAUAUUAGCUUGAAGACAAAUGAUGAUUCUUUAGUAUUUGGACAUAAAAAUGUUUUAAUGGCCGCUAGUCCAUAUUUCCAUGCAAUGUUUAGGAAUUUUGAUGAAAGCAAUAAAAAUCUUGUGAAUAUAAGAGAUUUAGAUUCUACAGUUUUAGAACUUUUGGUAAAUUWUAUUUAUACUGGGGAUAUCAUGGUUACCAAAGAAAAUGUAAAGAGUCUGUUACCAGCUGCAAACCUCUUACAGUUGGACUACGUAAACGGUGCAUGCACUAAGUUCAUGCAAACACAAUUGCAUCCUUCAAAUUGUCUUGGUAUCAAAGCAUUUGCUGAUUUACAUAACUGUACGGAAUUGUUGUCCAUAUCUGAAGCGUACAUUAAAAAAGAGUUUUUAUAUGUAGUUAAAUGCGAAGAAUUUUUAUCUUUAUCUUAUAAAGAAGUCAUUGAACUAAUCUCCUGUAAUGACCUAUUUGUUCCAUGUGAAGAAAAAAUGUUUGAAUGUAUUAUUAAUUGGGUAAAUCACAAAUUGGAUUCUAGAAAAGAUUUAUUACCAAAAUUARURGAACAUGUGCGUUUGUCAUUAGUUACCCUGGAGUACUUAUUAAAAAAUGUAGUUGAAGAACCUCUCUUUAAAAAUAGCAUUGAAUGCAAAGAUUAUUUAAUUAAAGCUUUACAUUUCCAUCUACAUAAAUUAAAACCAGAUAUUACAAUUCCACAAACAAUUUGUUGUUCUAGACAGCCUGCUGGUUUAAAAAAAAUUGUUCUAGUUUUAAGUUGUUCUGAAACUGAAAUGUUUACAAACUGGUAUGACCCAAAAACCGAUCAAUGGGAGAUUGCACCUGAAAUGAAUGUAUACCUUAAUUCAGCUGGUCUGUCCAUAGUAAAUAAUCAAUUCCUUUUUGCUGUGGGUGGUAUUGAUGAAGGUAAUUCUCAAUCUGUUGAAAUGCUUGAUUUAUCUUCAUUAUCCCCAAUUUGGGUACCAACAGUUAACAUGUUAGUUAAUCGAUGUUGCUUGGCAGUUGCUGUAUUAAAUGAUUGUAUAUAUGCUGUUGGCGGAUAUGAUAUAUCARACAAUACUUUACUGAGUGCGGAGGUUUUUAAUAUCAAUAUUCAAAAAUGGCGAAUGAUUUCCAGUAUGACAACUAAAAGAAGUUGUUUCAGUACUGCAGUACUUAAUAAUCGUUUGUAUGCGGUAGGAGGUUAUGACGGUUCCACUUUUUUGAAAUCUGUAGAAUGUUAUGAUCCUACACUUGAUAAAUGGACAAUAGUUGCAGAAAUGUCUGCAUAUCGUUCAGAUGUUAGUGUAGAAGUCUUGGACAAUGUAAUAUAUGCUGUUGGUGGUGAAAAUGGCCUCGGAGUUCUCAAUAGUGUUGAGGCUUAUAAACUAAGUGAUGGUUAUUGGACUUCUGUAGCUGAUAUGCAUGAGUGUCGGGCUUAUGCGGGAAUAUUUGCACUAAAUGGAUUAUUAUAUAUUAUUGGAGGAAGAAAUAAAGAAUCUGAUGUUUUGGACUCUAUAGAAAUAUACAAUCCAAUCACCAAUACCUGGUCAAUGAAAAAAUUGUCAUCAAAUGUUAACAACAUUUAUGCCGCAGUCACCGUUAAUAGRCCUGUUUAAACUAAAUUUUAAAUUAAAUGUAUUGAUAUUAUAAAGACAAUUGCUUGUAAUCAGAUAACAGGCAAUAAGGAUAGGCAUAUUUUGAUGAUGAAUAUUUUUGUUUUUAGAUGAAAAUCUAAUUUUAUGAAGUGUGUUUUUUGAAAAUUUCA